UUUUACUUUGAGUUUUUUUUUUUUUUUAUUUCAGCUUCCCAUUGUUUUGUUUUUCUUUUCGAUAAUAGCAUUUAAUCUGUUUGAUGUUGGACCUAGUUUUUGUUGGGACCUAGAUUGUGUGCAUUGGUUUGUGGCAUUCUCGUGCCAUUUUGAGCUGAGAUGUUCGAACUUUCAUAACGUCUCUUACUAGCAGUUUAGGAGCGUAUCUGUCGUCCGUGGAGAUUUUACUCUACAAGGGUUCUAUAGGAAGAAUAAAUUUCUGUGGACCUGAGCUGUUAAAGCUGUUCUUAUCAGUAGGGCUAUUGAUUAAUUGGGUUUGCUGUUGGAAUUGGAAAUAGAAAUUUGAGCCAUCUUUCUCAUCAAUUAGACACUUCUGGGUUUUUCUUCUUUGUUUGGUAUCCAGGUCAGCAAUCCACAAGAGUCCAAAUUUUGAGUUGUGGAGCAAAUCACCAUUGAAUUCUUCACAUGCUUCACCAAGUUUUGUGAUUUUUAUUGGAGGUGAUCUCUGCUUUGGUUUCGUUGGCCUCUUUUCCGGUCUGUUUGUUUCUCUUCCUCCUCACUUCUAUCGUCAGACAUAUCUGCUUCCCAUAAUUUAGCCUGCCGUCAAACUUCUUGUGGGAAUCCCACUAUAAAAAGAAUUCAUAUCAAAAUUUCAGGAGCAGGUCCAGAAAGUUUGACUUUGUUGAUGGGUUUAGCCUAGACAUUGAGCAGUUUUGUAGAUUUCUCUCCCUUUUUCCUCUGUUUAAAAUUCUGGGUUGUGGAUUCAGAAUAAACUUGAUGACCGUGGAUGAAACGGGUAGUAACUCCGUAUGGAGUAAAGAGCAAGAUAAGGCAUUUGAGAAUGCCCUAGCAACUCAUCCUGUAGAUGCUUCAGAUCGGUGGGAGAAAAUUGCAGCCGAUGUACCAGGGAAAACCAUAGAAGAGAUUAAACAUCACUAUGAGCUAUUGGUUGAUGAUGUUAGCCUGAUUGAAUCUGGUCGUGUGCCUCUGCCUUCCUAUAGUUCUUUAGAGGGUUCGGCGAGCCAUGCUGGUGAUGAAGGAAAUUGUAAGAAGGGUGGCCAUCUGGGGAAUUAUAACAGUGAGUCUAAUCAUGGAAAUAAGGCUUCAAGGUCAGAUCAGGAACGCCGUAAAGGGAUUGCUUGGACAGAAGAUGAACAUAGGUUAUUUCUUCUUGGUUUGGACAAAUAUGGGAAGGGGGACUGGCGAAGUAUAUCUCGAAACUUUGUGGUGACAAGAACACCUACGCAAGUGGCAAGCCAUGCACAAAAGUACUUCAUUCGGUUGAACUCAAUGAACAAAGAUAGGAGGCGAUCAAGCAUUCAUGACAUCACCAGUGUUGGCAAUGGUGACAUUUCAGCUCCACAAGGACCAAUCACUGGCCAAACCAAUGGUUCUGCAGGAGGUUCAUCUGGAAAACCAACCAAACAACCACCUCAGCCAUCAGCUGGGCCUGCAGGCAUUGGUGUGUAUGGUGCUCCGACUAUGGGGCAACCUAUAGGAGGAUCCCUUGUCUCAGCAGUCGGUACCCCUGUUAGUCUUCCUACUGGAGCACAUAUGGCAUACGGUGUGAGAGCCCCUGUACCCGGAGUUGUGGUUCCUGGUGCACCAAUGAACAUGGGUCCAAUGGCAUAUCCAAUGCCGCAUGCUUCUGCACAUAUGUAAUGUGCAAUUUAGGAGCUACAGCAGCAACACGAACAAAAGACAGAAGAAUGUUUCUUGUGCUCUUGUUGGAUUAUCGAGAGCCUUUAGAUCAGAGCCUGAGUUUUUGUUUUUUUUUUUGUUGCUUAUUUAGCACAAGCUGUUUAAUGUUUAACUGUCAUUUGUCUAUUUUUGCAUCCGUUAUAAAUAAGGGCAUUUGGGUAGGAAUUACCUGAAUCUGUAUAGGCAACUGGUGGCAGUAUUUAUGAUUAGGACAGCAUUCUUGUUUGUUUCUUCUUAUAAACAAUUUGGUAGUCAGUGCUUAAUUUCUAUGGCA